AUGGAGCAGAAGAAUGGAGUUGCUUCCUUACACUACAAGUAUGGUUCAAAUUUGCACUGUUUAUUGUACAAAAAUUCUGUAUUUAUUAGCUAAUUAAUAAAUAGAUUCCAUGUUACUAUGCGUCUGUUUAGUAAUUGAACACAGUGGACGUCAAAUUGUGGCAGGAAAAAAAAGUGGCACAUGAAGCGCAGCAAGGUGUGUCACUUCAUUCUGACCACAUUUUGACGUCCACUGUGAUUCUAUUACCGCACAAAACCACAGCAAUAUAAAUCUAUUUGUUUUGUAUGUCGUCAUCUAUGCUUGCAUGCUUCUUCUGUCCUCCGAUAGAUCGUAAGUAAGAACUAAUCAGAAUGCGUGUAUAAAUCAGCUUAUCAUUUUAAUUAAAAUUUCCAGAUGGAUUUCAACGAUUUAGCGUCCUGUCAAACUGCACAGUACUUUUGGCAAUUUUGUUUUGCGUACAUUAUUUUAAUGUAUACGUUUUGAAAUUUAUGAGUAAGAAAGUUAGGAACAAAGAAAUCUAGACCACCAAAAUGCCUUCAGCUUUUGACUGUGUUUCCUAAAAGUGCCUAAUUUAUCAAAAUUGGCGAAUUAUGAUCAGAGAUUCUUAGUUUAUGAGCAUGUUUGAUAUGCAACAGGUGUUAUCAACGAAUUUAGCAAUAUAAUGAUAAUCGUAUUUGUUGGGGCUGUGAAAAAAUUCAUAACACCUAAUUAACACAGCAGGCACGGUUCGUUUUGAACAAGAACAAAGAUCUGAUUUAUGUUCAAUACUACUUCAAGCAUUCUGAAUUGAAAAAGACGAAAAAGAAGUCUUAAAUUUAACAUUCGCAUGUUCAAUGCGAUGAUCCAAAAUGUUUCGAGUGAACGCGCUUGUGGCUUGCUGAACCUUCUGGCGAAAUUCACUACUUUUGUAAUUUGAACAAUUAUUUUUUUUAAUUCUGGUCAUUACUCAAGCAAAUCAAUAUUUACACCGGGAAAUGGAAUUAGCUGAAGAAGAUUUACUUCGUAUUAACUGGGAAAUUCAAACUACAUUUUCGUCGUUUUCGGGAUCCCGUUCAAGUGCAUUUUCAAAUGCUCACAGUUCUCACAAGUUCAAACACAUCAGGAUUAACUUUCAAGGACUGUUUUUUCUGACCAGAAUCGGUUUGCUGACAAGGAGCUGGCACAGCUGGAGAUUGUACGCUUCACAGAGAGUGGUUAAAACAAGGCUGAAAGAAGUUGCCAGGUAAACUAAAAGAAAACGAAAACAUAGUUUUUAAAGGAUGGCCUAACAAGGAUUUGAGAACAAUCAAUUUUUAAAGUAGACUUAAAACUUAUAUCAGUGAUAAAAAAGCGCAGAUUAAAGGAAUAGAAAGAGACGGUAAAUAUUUUUUACCAGAGAAGAUCAAAGAAAAAAAAAGGUCUGAGCGAAUCUGAUACGAUUAAAAUCUCAAACCUUCCGGGGCAUUUCUAUUUCGGGGUCAGAUGCCUUACUAGACGACAAACAGUCACUCCUUUUCGGCGAGGGCCGUCGCGCAAAUAAAAGAUAAGGAAGGUAACAUCCGCGAAAAAAAGUUAUCGCACUGCGCGGAACUCUGGGAGUAAUGCGCUUAACUCACAGGGUUCCGCGCGGCGCGCCAGUGUCAAUUUGUUUUCUUCGUUGACCUAUUUUUAACUCGCGCGACGGACUUUGCCAAAAAGAAGGGACUCAUUGUACGUUUAAGCCUUAAUAGCCACAGAAACCUCGUUUACACCCUAACAUCAGUGUGCAAGUUCCCCACACUGUUCUCUUAUUGUACACUGAACAAUUGUUAUUUUAUGUGCGAUACUUUAUAAUGUAACGAACUGUCUGUUCACUUCUCAGAGUACACUAUGAAGAACAUUUACAGGCCAGAUUAUUUACCCUUUGGAAGGAAAACACGGGCAAAGCAGUUGUCGCAGAUAGUUUGAAAUCGUAAGUUGCGUGUAGAAUCAUUUUACUCUUGCAGUUAUGAGAUUAGAACGCCCUUCCACUGAGUGUCUCAGAGCCAAAACCAAAGUAAUCACAAGGGCAAAUCAGAAGAAAGGUCAAAAAUACCUUUAAUAGCCAAUGAGCAUAAAGUAAAAACAACCAAACCGCCAAAAGCGCGGGAAAACGCGGGCGACCAAGUCGUGAUUGGUUUUAGUUUUGUAUCUGAUUGGUUGAGAGAUUGGCGCGAGUCUUCUGGACCAAUGAUAUAGCGAAGUAAAACAAAACAACGGUUAUUUUGGAUUUCGUUUGACACUAAUUUUAAAAAAAGUGAUCUUUGUGAAAGGAAUUUUUUUUGUGGAACAGAGCAGUGGUAAAGAUAGAAGGUGUUUGACAAUGUUUUUCGUCUUUGUUUUUCCCAAAUUGAUUGAGAAGUACAUUUCAACCUUUUUUAGCUUGUUUGGUACUUUUUCUUUUUUGCUUUGUUUGUUUCAUCAGUAUCAUUUGUGUAAAUUAUAUUAUAUUUUUUUCAUUUUUCUAGGAAACGCGUACUUGUAAAAGCUUUCUAUUGUUGGAAGAACUGGACUCAGUAUGCCAAGUAAGUUAAACAAACUCCGCAAAAAUCUUCGUAAAAAAACCGCGAUUGAUUAGAGCAGUUGAAGGGCGAUUGAAGAUUAGGUGCAAAGCCAACUGUAUGGGCAAUCUUUUAGCGCUUUUUGCAUGUGUUCGGCAAAACCAUAGCUUAAGCAAUUACAGCGACCGAUCAGAACAAAGAUGAGCAUUACAAGGAACCAAUUACACGUAGAAUUCGUAAGCGCGGGAAAACAAGAGUGGCCACGACGCAAUUGGUUGUAGCUCUGCAUUUGAUUGGAUUGUUGAGAGGCCAACGUCAGUUUUCCGGACCAAUCAAAGGGUGUGAAAAAGCAAAACCAAUGAAAUCCUCUCGACGCUUGAUUAUAAAUUGUGUUAAUAGUUGUUAACGAUCGAAAAAACUGAAGUAAAAAAAAACCUUUUAGGCGCCUGUACUUUUCACUCCAGAAAUUGCACGAUCUGCACGUAGUUAUUCUCUGCAAAGUUACAACUGUAUAAAUUGCCUGGAAAAAAUUCAUUAACUAAAAAUCUGCAGGUCUGGUAUUGAUUUUGUCGUUAUUCUGUGUCCUCACAGGAUUAUUCGGCUGAGGUUCCAGAGCAUGUGCAAGGAAUAUCAUCGUCACAAGUUGGUCAAGCAAUCUUUUCAUCACUGGAAAAUCCGGCUAAUGAACCGGCAGGCGGAUAGUCGUUACAGAAACGGACUUCAGAGGUAAACCGAGACUAGAGAACGAUGGGCUUUUUGUUUGUGCUCAACCUAUGACUGCAUGGCAUAAAACCAAAAGUAAAGUAAUCGCAACAGCCAAUCAGAACAACGGCAAAUAUCACAAGUAGCCAAUGAGAAUUCAGCGUAACGACAAACAAACUGCUUCAAGCGCGGGAAACACGAGUGAUUGGUCUUAGUUUUGAAAUUCAUUGGUUGAAAGGGUAGCGUGAGUUUUUUUUUUUUAACAAUUAAAUAGCAAAAUAAAGUUUACUCAAUGCAAUGCAGAAUUACUUCCGUCGCUUAGUUGAAAGUUUCGCUGUUGAUUUGAAGCUUUCGGAGGCGGAGAAGGCUGAUUCAGUUUAAGAAUGAUGAAAUGAUUCUUAACGUCCGUGGUGCAGUCUAAUACUUUCAGAUAUUUUUCUUCUUCAUUUUCAGGAAGAUAUUCAAGUUGUGGUUUUUGCGGUACAGGAGGAAGGUUAUUCAUCGACAUCUGUGCAAGGCCUUGGCCAAAAAGGUAUGAAGAGAGGUGAUUUGGGAAGACGUGUUGUACUAAGGAUUCGUUUUGAAUUUUUUUUUUUUUUUGAAGUAUCAUUUACAGGGUUAAGAUUCAGAACUAGCCUGAAUUAUGAAUUUAAUGCAACACUGCUAAUAACUCUGGUGUCGUAAAAUAAAUACCAAUUUGAUAAAAAUGGCCAUUUGGGACGAAGGAAAAAACAUAGGGAACCAAUUCGAACAAAGUAAAAACAACCAAACCGCCUGAAGCGUAAGAAGACGCGAGUGAUCCACAUGUAGUCGCGGUUGGUUUUAGUUAUGAAUCUGAUUGGUUUAGAAGGUUGCCGCGUGCGAGUUAUUUUAAGACAGAACAGAGUAAAGAAAAACGAAUGCCAUUUCGCAUUGUGCUCGACACGUUUAUAAGAAUUUCUCCGGAGGAAAUCGGUAUAAGUUGUGGUACAGAACAAACUUGCCGUAGACGAGUCAUUCUAUUUAAAUUUUUUCCCAUUUGGACAUUUGGUGGUGUUUAUAUAUAUGGCUAUAAACUGGGAGCUCCAGUUUUUGCACAUCUGCACGAACUACUCUCUUUCAAAUUUUCGAAGGCUGAAAUGUUUUUUUCUAUAUUCAAUAUUCUGCACAGAUGUUUUUACCGUCUCGUGUAAACUUUUUCAAAGACCGCGUGUUUGCUACUUGCGAAUGAAAUGAUUGAGAGGGAGAGAGAGUGAGUGAGUCUUCUCAUCAAGGUGAAGUCAUUGUGGUUACACAACAAUUGAAACCUUGUGGUUCUUCUUUCAGGGGAAAAAGCGCAGGUUCUUCAACAGAUGGUCAAAUUUUACUAAACAGCAAAGGGAGAGAAGAAGAGCCUUUGUUGGUUCCUUAGAACGGAUGCUUGUCAGCAGCAUGUUAAAUAACUGGAAACAACACGUGAAAGAGAACAAAGCUCUCAGGUGAGUAGAUCCUGGGUGACUCUUGAGUUGUUGUUACAUGUAUUGAAAUGGCCUAACGGUUGGCGUGGUAAAGACUGGGUCGAGAGGCCUGAUCGCUUUCCUUGGGCCAAACUCUUUACUCGCAAAAUUUCAGUGCAUCAUCCACAGGCAGCGUUGAGUUACAGCUGUAAUAUAGAAUAAUCUGCGGAUAGUGUAAACUGAUUUCUUGUGAGUUUCGCGAUAGGGUAAGGGUUUGUAAAGGACUCACUGUAGUCUAGAAUUCUCAAGGCUCUGACAAGUGGUUUGUUUUUGUAUGCAGGAGCAAAGAAAUUCAGUUGAUCCAGAAGACGAAUCACAUCGCUUCGCGAAAAAUGAUGGAUCGCUGGUUGUUUGCUAUGAAGGUGGCUAACUUCAGAAAGAAAGCGAGAGUCAAUUGGUCCAGACGCUGCACAAUGUAAGUGGCAACUACUAGGAAGUUCUUCGCAAAUUAAGGGUUUGAGGACGUAAAAAUGUUUCAGAGAGAAGGAAAACGUUGUGAACGUAUUAAAAAUUUACAUGUAUGCAGGCUUCAGAGCUCUAAGCGCAGGAAAACGCGGAAAAAACUCUUGACCUAGACGCGCAUGGUUUAGUUUUUGUUCCUGGUUGGUUAAGAAUAUAUAUAGAAUUUGUAAACAAAUCACAGAGACUGCUGGAAAGUAAUCUGCACUAUUUCGUUGCAGUUCAUGGACUUCAGGUAGGGUUUGUCUGAAGUAGGGCGAAAACUGACCCGGGAGUGGUGAAGUUUCUCUUUCGAAGGGCCUCAAGUAGAUCUGAUGUUUCAUGAAGUUCUUUUUUAGUUAAUUGAAAAUAAGAAAAACGCCUGGAAAUAUUGUCCACUUUAAAAUGGGACUUCCCUUACGUGAUUUAUAAAGAUCUCUUUGGCUCUGUAGUGCUGGUUUAACUGCAUCCACAAAAUAUCAACGAAGUCUCAACAAAAUGUCUUUAAUUUCUUUGCUACAGGAAAGCAUGUGAAGCUUGGAAGCUUCUUUUAAAGAAGAAGUACUUGGAGCAAAGACUGAUGGUGAAUCGCGAUAUCUGGCAACUAUUGAUGAUGAAAAGUAAGUUUAAGAAAGCGUUUUCAAACAAAGACAGAAUAAGGGGGCUUAGCAGAGAGGGUGGCUUUUUAGAGCUGGGGCCUUUUCGAAAGGGGGCUUAUAAUAGAGGAGACUAAUUAGAGAGUGACCCACUAGAAUUUUGUUGUGUUUUGUGUUUGUCGUUUUUGUCUCUCUGUUUUUUUUUCUUCGGGUACCUGAUUUUAACUAUCCCGUCUUUAGGAAUUUUUAGGACCUGGAAACUGCAGAAGAGAAAAGUUGAUGCAGAGAAUGAAAAGGUCUUCAGAGCAAGAGCUAUCUUGACAAAGAACUUCAAAGCUCGUGUCCUUCAGGCGUGGAGAGUUGUUAAUCAGGAACAACAAAUCAUUUCACCCAUGGUAGCUCGGAGAGAGAGGAAAGAAAUGGCCAGGUACAGCACUGGGAAUGGUUUUGGGAAAGCCAAGUCAAGAUCAAAGCGGGGGGUGUGGGGUGGGAAGCGGGUUUUAAGUCUCCCCCCACCCGAUGCCUUGUGGGAAAGCAGUGUGGAUACUUGAAACCCUCUUGAUGCUAAUUUCAACUUUGGAAUUGAAAAUAUCAAUCUCCCAAAUUGUGGAAAUUAUUUCCAAAGAAUGAAUAAUACCGCAUGGCUAUAAGUAUUUGCUAUGAAUUUCCCGCCUAGACUUUGCUUUUCGUAAAUGCACUUUAACAGCUUUUGAUCAAGAAUUCCACCUACCGUAGUGGCUACAUCUAAUUUUUUGUCAAUUGUUUAAAUAUUUUUAUUGUGUCCUUAGUUCCCAUCAUUUUAUGUUUUUAUCUCUCAUUUCUGAUGUUUAGAAGUCGAUCAAUCGUUUUUACAUAUGGGAAACAUGACCCACCAUAAAAUCUGAAUUUGGUUGAUUUAUGCCAAAAGCAUUUGUAACAUUUCUUCAGUAACUUCUACGCUGGAAUAUUAUUUUGCGUGGAAGUUACUGGAAGAAUAUUACAUCUACUUUUGGCUCCAGCGUUUAAUCCCACUAUCACUUCACAGUUCAACAAUCCUCUUGGUAUAUUUUAACACGUUGAAUUUCUUUUCGGGUUCGUUGCUUCGCUCCGUUUACAAGUCAAAUGAAUAGCAUAGUACCCUUUAAGCCUUAAGAUUGACCAGCAUCUGAUUUCUCCGCACAGUAAUACUGCUGAAUCAUUCACUACGGUCAUAAGAAUAAAGGAAAUGAUCGCCAACUUAAAAACACUCUGAUGGUUAAACAAAUUCUCCAUGUCAGUACCAAAGAAAAUGUAUUGAAAGAGUAGAGAGAAUAUGGAUUCUGAUGUUAGGUUGUGAACGGUUUAGUUAAAUAUGAUUUCAGGGUUUUUGAUGCUUGGAGACUUCACGUACAUCGCCUGAAAAAUAUUGUUGAUCAGAAGACAAGAGCGACAGAAAAGAUACUUGACAAAUACUUCCUGUUUUGGAGGUAAUGGUUUAUAUCCAAUUAUUUUAUUUGUUUUAUUUCUGUCUCAUGAACCAACAUUAGCUUUCCUUCUCGUAUAAGCUAAUUUUGUCUGUGACUGUCGCAGAAAAAGCAAUUCAUAUAGCAUCUUGAAACCAUUCACUCCUAAGACUCAAUCGCUCCUCUAAAAACCAGGUCCCUUUUUAAUUAUGCACAUGAAAAAAAUUACGCGCUUCUGAUCAGCCGAAAACGAGUGCGCUCUCAUGUAACACGACUGAUAUUUAGAUCUAGGGAGUGGUAGAGGUUAAGAAUCGAAUUGGAAACAGAAUAAUCCACCAACAGCAGUUGUCGGAGUUUUUAGCUAUGGUUAACUUUUUGUUCUGUUUUAGUUGUUUCUUUAAAUUUUUGUAUGAAUUUUCUUCUUCUCGUUUUGCCACAGAGAUCGGGCUUAUCUUCGUGUUAAAGAAACAGAAGUAAACGAGACGCUGCUUCGGAAUAAAAUGUCAAGAGCUUUUGCUGCUUGGAGAGGUGAGGUCGACCGACGAGUCACGCAAAAAGCCUAUAGAUUUUACUGAAGGAUUUUAUCCGUUAUUUGCGUCACUUACAUGUGUACCCUUUAAAUUGUGAAUUUACAGGUUACAUAAAAGAUCAGCGGUACGCCAAGCUGAAAAUACGCGCGCGACGAUUUGAACUAAUGGAGAAGUUCUACUCUUUAUGGAAAGAAAAAGUUCAACAUAGAGCUGAGGAGAAGGUCGAGGAGAUUGGAAAGGAGGUAGGGUUUCUUUCCUAGCCCGCGAAGCUUUUAAGAUUUAAUAAAAAUGUUAUCGUGAGACUCAAAGUAUAAAAUUAUCAAGAAAAUGGAGGAAGCUUCAAUUUCGUUUUGUGUGAAUUACAGGCUCGAGGUUUGUUACUGGUCAAAUGGUCCUUUAGAUUUUGGAGAGCAUCCGCUGACCGUCAGAGAGCGUAUCGCUUGAGGCAAGAUGAAAUUGCGGAUGAUCUAUACAGGAACACAGUUACGAGGAAAGCAUGGGCAGUUUGGCUGAGACGUUACCGUGUGGAGGAAUGGGCAAGGUGAGAAAAAUGUUAUGAGGGGAAGUGUGAUUACGAAAUGUUGUGUGAAUCCAAUUUUAGUCCAUAAGUUAAAACCUGAAUCUGUCGAAUGAGCAUUUUAAUCCUCCGUUGGCAAGGUCUUUUGUAAGAAAUUUUAUUUUGGCUUAAAAGUUACAAAGGAUUAACUUGGCCAUCUUUGCUACUCUCUAAACAGAGAUCACGCUCUUACAAAGAAGGACGCCUUUCUGCGGAGUAUGUUUCAAGCAUGGCACCGUAUUACUAAAGAGAUCCUACAAGUGGAGAUGCAAAAGUUUGCUACCUCAGUGUCCGGCUUGGAUUCUUCCUUUGGAUCGUUCUCCCCUUCUUUUCGCCAGCCGUUAGGUUCAACCUUAGGCUCGACUCUUGGCUCCACUGUGUCUGACGCCCUUACUUCCUCAGGGUAUGGCGCCUCCAUUCGGAGGGGAUCUGGUACCGUGUUUACAUUUGGGUUAGCUCUCAAGGAGAGGGACGAUGAUGUAAGUAUAACAACAACUGUGCACCCACCCCUCCCCUAACCCAAUAAUAGUCAACGGAUAACAAGUUAAUGUUGGUUAGGGGAGAGGUGGUUGUGUAGUUGUUCAGAUACUGACAGUGAUGCAUAUUGCUCAUAUUUGAGUGAUCACUCAGUUAGAUUUCGCCGUUUGAAGUUAGGAUCACUGUUAAACAGCAUAGUUUUCAAUUCCUCAUGGAAUAGCGGUUCUUAAGCUUUCACUUGAAUGGUUAACACAAAGAUUUUGUUUACAGAAUGGAAAGUUAAAAUUUGUUUGCACAGCAUGAUAAACAAUACUACACGAGAGACGAGCACAGUAGCCUUCAGCAAAACGGUCACAAUCAAGGGUUUGCUCCACAGUCUGAUACGUUAGAAUGGCUUUUUAAUACCAGAUAAGAUAACUGCUCGGGGUCAGAUUUCCGCGCAGUCCAAUACUUCAUUAUGCGUACAGUUCUUGGAUGAAGAAAACAAUGGAAUAACGAUAGGCUGCCUUUGGUACUGAGGCUUUGUCCUAGAAUAAUAUGGGUUUAUACAAAAAUCUUUCCCUGUUCGGUGGCUUCAUUUGAGUGGUUGUACAGUCCUUUUUUUUUGCAGCAUAACAGAGAGUACCAUUUAAAAGCACUGCUCAGAAGCUCUUGAUUAAGUGAUCACACACCAGGGUUUUUUCAUCCACAGACUGAAAAGAUAGAACCUAGUGCUGCACAAUUAAAAGAAUAGAAGAAGUUCUACAUGAAAUUACUGCUUAGUAGCGUUUAUUUGAAGUGAAUUCACGGAGGUUUCGUAUGGGCCUGAAAACUUAAAACGGCAUGGGGUCAAUGAUAUUUUUAAAAUUAUUUUCAGACGGCCUCACUGCCAGGAAGAAUCGAUGGCAUAGACCAGCUUUUGAGGCCAGAGAGUCCCAUUGUUCGACCCAUUUCCCCUAUAUCUAUCCUGAGAGAUUCUCGCCCCAUGUCCCCCUUGGCGUUCAAUUCAAGUCACACCAGUCCCGUCCCCUCCCCCUCUCCUUCCCCCAGUCCUGAGCAUCCCCUCCCAUCAACUCCACCCAUUAGACUGGAGGACUUUUCUCCUGUGAAGUCUGAGGACGAUACAGGCAUUCACUCUGGAAGCAGCGAGACGGAUCAUGAGGUAAGAGGCGUUCAGGUGUGGGGUGGGGUGGGGAGGGACAUUGUAAGCAUGUUUAGAAGGGAGACGUGUUGUUCAUAUUUCUGUAUUGGUCACAUUUUAUCGCCUAGUGGUAUGACCGGUCUCGUAUACAAGUUGGAAAUUUUUUUUCACUUAUCUACAUCAUUUGAAGAUACUAAUUAGAUAUCGGGAACAUUAAUUGUGAAGUUUGGUCACAAACUAAAGUUUGCAUGUGAUGUAUCAUGUGUGAUUUGUGUGAUGUGUGAUAAGUUUUGUGUGAUGUGUUUUCUGUGUUGUGUGAUGUGUUAUGCGUUUCGUACAAUGUGUCAUGUACAGGUGACUCCUCAAUCUUGCUCCUCUACCUUAUUUAGUCUAGGAAGUAAAGCUAAAAUGGGUUCGAAUUCAAACUUACACCCAGCCAUCUUGACCUAAGAGUAAUUACGACGUGUGGUCAAACAUUGUUUUCUCUUUAUCAAUGGCAAAGAAAGUAAAUAAAACUCCCUAGAGAGAAUUUUGAUCGUGAUAUUUCUUUCCUUAGGACUAUGACGGUAUGAGCACUGCUUCAUGUACGUCCUUCACCGGGCGUAGCACACAAAGUGAACCACGUGAUCGUGAGGUGAUGGCCACAGAGACUAUACUGCACUGGAGGAACCUGCCUCUGAGUCUGACUUUUAGAACGUGGCUAAAAUUUACCCGCCAAAGGAAACUACAAAUGGAGCUUUUGAACUACAUCACAAACAACAAGACAACAGAACUGAUGUCGAAAACUUUGGGAAAAUGGCGAAGAGAGCUGUAUACGAAAGUCACUGCAAGGCAACACUGGGUGGGUUGUUUUUGUUGUUGUUUGUAUGUUGUUAUUACAAGAGAAAAAAUUGCCUUUUAUACAAGGUUAUAUAAUUUCGUUGCAAACACCAGCAUUUGUAUAAGUGAAAUCCUCUAGGGACGCCAUAAAAUAUUUACAAAAUUCCCUCUUCCAAGUGAGAGACGAGGUCACGAGUGGUUAUUGCACUUAGCUUGAGGCAAACGCUUCAAGUUGAAGCCUUAGCUGGGUCAUAAGUCAAAUGUAAUCCGGGUCGAAUAUGGUCAUCCGAGAUUACUUUAGUUUGUUUCUCUUCGCUCUGUGAUUGCUUCUGAAAACUCGCGUCACCCUCUUAACCAAUCAGAUGCAAAGUUAACACCGAUCACGACUUGGUCGCCCGCGUUUUCCCGCGCUUUAUUGGCUCUUAAAGUCUUUCUCUGUUCCUCUGAUUGGCUGUUGCGAUAACUUUGGUUUUGGAUUUACGACGCUCAGUCGAGAAGUGUUCUUAAACGUUUUUAAGUGCCGUGGUCGCCCUUGAAGAAGGUGCAUGCGUUCAACUCGCCGCAGCAUUUUGCCAAAAUCCCAAAUCCAUUCGAUCAAUUUAGCCGCAGGAAUGAAGUCCAUCUUUCUCUUGCUACAGCUUGACACAAGCCGUCUCAAAUACCUGAGGAUCUGGAACGAGUACGCUGUCACAAAGAGGAUCCAAGAGGAAAGGAAGAUGCUAGCUGAUGAUCACUUCAGGCUCUCAAGGCUCAAGGGUGGCUUUCAGAAGUGGAAGAAAAAGGUGCGUCAGGAUAAGUUGUUCAGAUUAAUGGAAUUUCCUAAUUUUUCCAAUCCCUGUUAAUCUUCGCCAUCCUAAGCCCUUUAUCCCCUAGAAUCCAGUGAUAAAUUCUUUCUUCUGACUGCCAUAUAUUUCCUUGUAAAUUACACAAGAGAAUUUGGUCUCAUUUUAAGGUAACCCCCUUAAACCGAUGAGCUUGUCUGUUCUCAUGAUCUGUUUUCGAGAUAACACACUGGAAUUGCAUGGAGAUGUUGCAUCUUGAUUUCUUCUUGAAGGGUUAACCAUCUUCGUUCCAUGUUCAUUCGUGCCCCGUUGUUUUUGUCCGUUGUAGCCAAAGAAUUAGCCAAGAAAUUAUCUUAAUGAAAGGCGAUUUGCUAUGACGUUUAAAAGAACUUGCUCUUCUGUGUUGUUGUUUAUUAUCAUUAUCAUUAUCAUCAUCAUCAUCAUCAUCAUCAUCAUCAUCAUCAUCAUCAUCAUUAUCAUCAUCAUCAUCAUCAUCAUCAUCAUCAUCAUCAUCAUCAUCAUCAUCAUUAUCAUUAUCAUUAUCAUCAUCAUCAUCAUCAUCAUUAUUAUUUUAUUUAUUUUAGUGCUCCGCUAAGAAGAAGCUACAAGAGCUAAUCGGACAGUGGCAGAAGAAGGCUAUUGGUAAGUGCUGAGCAGAGUUCCAGGUUUUGCAGAUCGUUAACCUCCUUACACACUUAACAUCAGUUUGCAUAUUCUCUAAAGUGUUUUCUAUAUAUUUCUUAAGGUGAUGAUAAAAAGAAUAUCCUGUUGAUUUACCAUUCUGUUCUGAGCUUUGCCAAAAAAGUUAUAUGCGUUUAAAACACUGUGACUCACUAGUUUCUGUGGUUGUUUGUAACUCGUGUGAGACAGCUUGGUCCUGACAGCCUGAAAGCACAUCACCAAGUUCCCUUAUGCUCAGCUGUUUGACCACUGUGUUGCUACAUAUUGCUUGCAUCAGCAAUGUCGAACAAAGAGAUGAAGAUGUUGAAACAUUUGUUUAGGGCGUGGGACAAAUAUCUUAUAAAGCCUUUCCCUUUCUUCUUCAUCUAUAGUGACCGAGAAAGACAAAGGCUUCACUCAGGUCAUUCAGAAGAAGCAGAACGACAGAUUUGUGCGGCAGACUUUCACUUAUUGGGUGCAGAUGACAAGGAAGAGUCAAGACGCCAUGCGACUAUACACAGACCGACUUCUACCAAAGUAAGCUGAACCUUUCUAUAAUAGGAAAAGUUUAUAGAAGCUAGUACUUUCUGAAAGUGGUGGCAUGAGUGUUAACUGUCUCUUUUUUUCUUACAGGUGUUAUAAGGCUUGGCAUGUCCUUGCCUCUACUCGUGUUUCUAAUAGGAAGAAAGUGGUACUGUUUGGAGAAAGAAGGCUCUUGACCAUGGUAAAAAGAGUGCUUCAGUGUGAUGUGUAAUUUGUGAUGUGCGAUGUGCUGUUUUAUGCGUGAUCCAUGAUUUGUAAUGGGUGUGCUGUGAAAUGUUUGACAUGUCAUAAAUGUGAUGUGUGAUGCGCUGUAUGUGAUGUGUAAUCUGUUGAGUGAUUUUGAUGCAGGAUUUGUUAAUCGUUUUGCUGUUAAAUGUAUGAUGUCUUAUUUGUGAUGCUUGAUGCGUUAAAUGUGAUGUGUGAUACGUUGCAUUAUGUGUUAAUACUAUUGGUAGAUGUUUGAUUUGACACUUGAGUUCGAAUUUGAGGAAACCACGUCCAUCUACUGCGUUACGGCAAGAGAUAAGUUCAGUCGUAGGAAUCACAAUUAUUCAGCCUGUUCUUCACGCCAUCUGUAACCACCAGUUCUCUCUUGCAGGCAUUCAGGGAGUGGCAGGCCCGAUUCCAGGCCAUCAGUCUUGUUGACGAGUUUAUCGAGGUCAGUGCAACAACGUAUUUCUUGGUUUUAAUGAUUUGAAUAAAUAGCGGAAUGCUUAUGCAAGAAAGACAGAAACAUGACAAAUGUUGACGUAAUAUUAAUGUUUUGUAUUCGCAGAUUAAGGAAGCUGAUCGGCUGUUAGAAAUUCUUCGAGUAUGGCACAACUGGGCGAAUGGUGGGUACCCUCUUUGGGUCUCGAAGCGCUUUAAAAACCUUUUCGAUUGUCGAUCGGAUACUGACGGGCUAUAGAAUCGAACUUAUAAACUCUACAGUUUAAACAGCUCGUGAGUCUGUUGCAGAAUCUGAAGAUAUUUAAAAUUGUGUGUUACUAAUUCGUUACUCUGAUUAACACACGUAGGGAAGUUUAAUUUCUUUUCUUUUUGCUGCUUGUUAGGUAUGAACACGCGGAGGAAACAAUCUCGUCUUUUUCGUCGCUCUGUGGAAUUGAAAAUCACAAGAGAGAUUUUUAUCAACUGGUUGACAGGCGCUCAACAGCUUCAGAUAGCCAAGAGGACACACGAAUUUCAUAUAUUGAAAUGGUAGGCAAAAAUUACUGUAUUUUCUUGAUAAAACGCUUGGCGUUUGUCAAAUGUUUAGAAUUUUUGAUACUGCGUGUAUUCAAGGGCUGACUUUAGUGAAAUAUCAUGUUUCUUAAAGCACUGUCGUCAAUUACAGUGAAGCAUUUGUUAAUAUUAAGUUAAACGUAGAUGUGUUUUUUUAAUUAAGCCGUUUUAGUCAGAAGGUAAUUCUAAACUUAUCCUAAACAGCUGUAGGGUAAUUUCCUUAAGUUAGUACUGAUGGUUUGCGGUUGUAUUUACAGUGUGUUUGUCGGAUGGAGGGAUGUGGCUCUGGAAAGGACAAGAAACAAACGAGCAAUGCAAGAGUUCAAGAAAAACGUUGGCGCAAACUUGGUAAAUGACGCUAUUCCUAGAAAAGAUCAGUUUGCUUUGUGUCACAAGAUUACGCUCACUUUGAAUGAGUGACCGCUAGAUAUAAUUGAUUGAUUGAUCAAUCUAUUGAUCGAAUCAGUGAAUUAUUGAUUGAUUAUUUGACGGAAUGUCUGGCAGGCUGGCUGGUUUCCGACCAACUGACUGAUUGACCAAUCCAGUCGACCCUCUGACUGACUCAAUGACCAACUGACUGACCGACUGACCUACGGACAGACUGAUUAACUGACUGACGUACUGACUGAUCGACCAACUAGGUUCUGCGAGUUAAGAUUUCAAUAACUUACUUCCCAUUCCCUAUCGCUAGUAUUCCUGAUUCUUUUCAGGAUUUAUCAGCCAUACGGAAUGCUAGCAUGUAGCUUUUAGGCAUGUUUGUACGCCGAAUUCUGAUGUGCCACUCUGACAACUGGGAUUUGAAUCGCUAUGCCUAUAUAAGGCCAAGCUUGCGUGAAUGUGCUAUGGUGUUUUCGAAGUAGCGUAAUGAAUGAUUGACUCUGACAUUUUGACUGACCAACUGACUGACUCGCCAAUUGAUUGAUCAGUCGACAGGCUGAGUAACUCUUUGAAUUCUGACAUUUUAUGUUAUUUCCCAUGGUUUCUCAGCUUGCUCGAAGCUUCCGUUUCUGGCAACAACUUCUGGCCCACUCAGAGUUAUCGCGGGCGCACAAUCAACAGCGUGAUCACAAUGCACUUCGGGAAUGUUUCGAGGAUUGGAGGAGUUACACGCUGGAGAUCCGAGCAGACAAGUUCUACGUCAUGGCGUUGCAAAAACAGGUAUGAACCGUAGCUUGAAAAGCGAUAUAGAUGUCCACCGGCCUUUCAAAAACCCACAUCGUUUGAAGUAUACGAGGACACGAUGGAGCACAGACAAUAAGGGAAGAAUAUUUCAUACCACGUGGUACUAAUGAACCAAUCAUCUUGGAUGCCAAUCCGGCCAUAUGUACCACGUGGUACAAAAUACUCUUGUCUGACUGUGUGUACCAUAGUGCCUCCCUACACCACUGUCGUAAGCAAAUAACUUUGUCUCUAAAAUCUUUUAUGUUUUGAAAGUUAUAAUUUUUCAGCUCCAGGAUUUGCGUAAUUUUGACGUUUUCACAAGUUUUUUUUUGAAACCAAAUUAAUUUACUUCAAAAAGUGAAUAUUCCGCGAGUUUUAAUCAGCGAGAAACACUCAGUAAUAAUGAUUUGAAAGCGAAAAGUCAAACAUGAAAUUUAUCUUGUGCAUCGUAAUUAAUUAGUGAGAGUGACUUUUGCUAGUUUUAAUAAGAAUUAUUUUACGCGUCCAGAAAAUUUAAUUAAUCCUCCUAAAUUUGUUUACUCUCGUUCGUCCAAGCUGAAUACAAACUGCUUCUCUCUGUUACACUUUGGCAGUAAAUUUCGCUCUCUGUUUCUUUCUGUCACAGCUAUCGUUUAUUAAACUUCAAAUUGAUGGGUUUUUUUUGUUACCCGUGGCUAGACUGUCGAUAAAUGAUUUUUUUGGAGUAGCUCAAGUUAGUGUUAUAAUUAAUUUUGACGCAACACAAUUUGAUUUAAUCAUCGUCAUUAGCUGCCUGUAUAUUUAGCUGCCUCAGGUAAGAAUUGCGAUUCACUCUUAAGAGUGUUUGGUAGGUGGUUAAAUAAUUCUUUUAAGGCUUCUCUUUUAUGUUUAAAACACAACUUUCCCAUGGCAUGUUUUGCCCAAAAUUUCUCCAUCUUUAAAUCUUUGUUUUAACGUUAGUUUUCGGUAACGUCGGGAACGAAAAUUCAAGCUGUUCUGAGUUGCUUCCUUACGUUGAGAAGCUUAAAAUUAUUCCCUUGCGUUACACCGUUUGUAUUUGUGCAUGUUUAACCAUACUUUUUUCUCAGAAUUUCGAUUUCGACUCUCGGGUUGAUGAACUUUUGUAUGCACAUUAUCCCUCAGAUGUUCCUGUGUUGGUACGACGAAUACACAUCCCGAAAAACCGUGAGUUACGUUCUUUGUGUUUUUCAUGGCUCUGAAAGUAAUUAAAAAUGGACAGUAAAAUGAGUGUUAAGUUGUAUAUGCUGGGAGACCAACGGCGGUCAGAUCAGUGAAGCUACAUAACAGCGGCAAGACGAAAAAGAGCACUGAAUCGCGAUGGACGUAAAUGAUUUAACUGAUAAUAAUUCUGCUUAAAUUUUGAACAAAAUAUGGCACAGAAAUUUCGUAGUGUGGAAGAAAUAAACAUAAAUUAAUAAAAGGGGUAAGUUUCUAAUUAAAUAAUUGCUGCCUUGGUAGGGAUAUUCAACAACUUGGUUUCAUCAACAGAGUUAUAAUGUAAAUUGCCCACCGUAAAGAGUUUCUAAAGCUGAUAUUUGGAGCGUUAGCCUUUCGUCAGAGUGAUUGUAAUGUGUUGCAAUUGAAGUUUUUACAAGUGCCAAACAAGAACUUUCUCAUUCUUUUCAAAUAUAAACACUUUUAUUUUAUAGACACGUCGUCUUAUCCACAGUUGGAAAAGUAUUACAGAAGGUACGGGGAAAUGUUUGUAUGUAAAUGUAUUCAAUGAUGGCCACCGCUCGACAGUUUGGACGCGAACAAGAAAAAUAUAAUUGGGUUACUGGUAAACUUUCCGCCCAAAGACUAACGUUUGUCUCCCGUAGUAGCCAGGCUCUACUAGAGCACAGCCCCGCUAAAAGUACACCAUAUUCGGAUAAAUUUAACUCCAGGUAGUUUUUUGUUUAGAACAAUAAGUGUGAGAAUCAUUCGGUAUGUUAGGUUUAUCAUUUCUUUGUCAAAGAAUAAGCUAUGCUUUUUCAAGCUGAACCACUUUAUAAGCUGUUUACGAAAAUGACACAUUAUACAAAACGCAUAGCCACCAUACAUACACAAAACUCAUCACACAUCACACAAAACUUAUCACACAUCACACAAAACUUAUCACACAUCACACAAAUCACACAUGAUACAUGACAUGCAAACUUCACUUGACCCUUUUUCAAGCUUACCCACUUUAGAAGCUGUUUACGAAAAUGAUCCUUAACGUGCCUGCCAGCUAAAGUCGUCAACAAAUCUGCAUUUCAAAACAUAUAGGUUACGUGUGGGCAAAGCUUUAGUCGCUUUCUUUUUUCUUUUUCUUACAGAAGCUAAAGUAUUGAACAACAGAGCCAUGCAUAUCGCCGAAGGGUCGGAGAAGAAGUUGUUACGGCGUAUGUUUGAUAACUGGGUGCAGGAAGCUCAUAAAGUACAGAAAGCAAAGAGUCAUGCGAGUGGAAAGAUGAUCAGAAGGUAAUGAUGGGAAUUUAGUGGAAGACGCGGUAGCUUAAUGCUUAGCAUCGCGUGAGGAAUAGUGGUUGUCAUUCAAUUUUCAAAGUGAAACUGAUUCUGUUGCAGGAAAGAUCCAUCUUCCAUUUCCCGCUCUUAGAUUUUUGGAGUUUUUGAAAAAUUGCUUUUGAAAUCGGCCUUCAUAUUAGAAAUGUCCGUUUCUUUGACAUUUUCAAAGGAUGAGGAAUAUUCCUUUUACUUUCUCAAACUUGCUCUUUUAAGCUUUAAUUAAAUGUAAACCCUUCUUCUUCAAAAUCCCGUCCUUGGGUUUCUCAGUGAUUGCUUCUGGCAAUCGGGCGAGCGAGUUUUAUCCACGCUGUUGCUCCAGUUUCGGCCCGUUCUUCUCUUAUAGUGGGCUUUCCAAGGCGCGAUCGCAUUCAAAUUUCCCGCUUCAGUGCUCAUGAAUAGCCAAUGAUGUCUAGGCAUUCUGCGCGAUGGUGCGUUGGACCCCAGGUCGACAAGUUUGGGUUCAUAACCCAGCCGGGUCAUUGUGUUGUGUUCGCGAGCAAAAAACAAAACUUUCAUGGUGCCUCUCUUCACUCAGGAGUAUAAAUGGGUACCGGAAAAUUGUCAGGGAAGUGGGAUGAUAUCUUGGGGGGGGGGGGGGGGGUAACCUUGCAAUGUAAUUCUCCUAGUCUUUUCAUCCUAAGGGAACCGGAAUAAGCUCCGGUUGGAUGGGCCAGUUGGUUCGAGAACAGGCUCCGCCUUGGCUUACUAACGUGAAUUUGGAAUCAAGAGAGCAUGAAAAAGUUUUCUUUGCUUGUGUUGAGCAGAUGGGGUUGAAUGUAUUUUUGCUAAAUAAUGUGAUUCUUUUCCUUCAAUAGAACUUUUCUCGGAUUGCAUCAGUAUGUGCAAUCACGAGUCGAGAAACGUAAAAUGUUACAGGAAAUACUGCAAAACAAGGAAGAAGAAUUGGUAAGUUUAACACCGUGCUGGGAUAAUCGCGAAUGCAUUCGAUAAUUGCUCGUCGAUGUUAGGAGCUGCUUCGGUGGUAACGAGUACCUUCCGAAGUUUCUCCGUAGUCAGUUAUAUUCGGACUCGGAAAUACCGCCCGGAAUGUUUCACUCGCGUGAAAAACGUUGCUAUUUCAUCGUUAUUAGACGUUAUUUUUUACGAUCAAAAACUGCUAUUCAAUUAUCGUUUUUCAUAUAUUAUUCUGUUGUACUAGUUCCUUAGGGUUGUUAGGACUCAGUGAUUAGCACUUUAUUAUCGAACGACUAAUCAAUGAAGGUUUAAUUGCUAUGAAAACAAAACAUUUUAUUGGAUUUUGACUGCGAGAAGAUAAAUUUAUGUGUACCGUAAGUGUAAGAAAGUACGACAGUUUUCGCAACCGCAAGUUCAAAGGUAAAGACUAUUUUUUUUUAUUAAUUUAGUUUGUCAUUUUAUUUUUCGCUUCCAGGUAUCUAAGUCCUUCAAAACUUGGAGAGAAAGAUUCCAACGCAAUAUGAGAAACCUAGAAGUCUUGGAGGAGCAUCUUCAGAGGAAAGAGUCUGAGUUACUUCACUACUGUCUUGUAAAGUGGGUGAAAUUCAUGCUGCGGUGUAAAGCGGAAAAAUCUUACGAGAAAAAAAUCGUACACAAGGUCAGUUUACAAAGUUGAAUUGUGGCUUAGUUCAUCCACAACAAUGCGACACUAAUUUCAAAGGCGUAGAAAACUACACAAAAUAGCGAAAAGCUUAAGUUUUGAACAAAAUGAACUUAUUUGGAAUUAGUUAUAAGUGUUAACGGUUGCUUAGUGACUGAGUGAAUGAAUUUACGUAAAGUGCCUAUGUCGAAGCAGUUUAUUGACGCGGUUGGAAAUUUUUCCCAAGAUCUGAUUGUUUAUUCUGCCCUAAAACUGCUACACAUUUUCUUCUAAAUUAGUUAUAAUAAUUUGGUGUUAGAUAAAUGACAACCUCUGCCUGAUAAGUUUGAGUAGUCUCAUUACCUGUUAGGUGUUUUAUGUCUGGAUAUUACAGGGAGAAGUUACAUAUUCAUCAUUUUUGGAAGUUCGAGAGUUAAAUCCUCGACAUCUGCCGGUUUACGGCUGGUCGUGUAAUUUCACUCUUGACCUUCAGCUUAAAAAAUGAAAAUAGUGAUUUGGAAAAGUUAUGGAAUUAAUAUUGAAUUUUGUAAGAUGUUUAUGGCCUUAGCCGUACAUCGCUCAAACACAGAACUGUAAACUGAGGUUUAAAACAUUAAAUACCAAAUGUUGUUAUUUUUUUAAAUGAUAUUUUUAAAUAGAAGUGUUUUUAAUUACAGUUAUGCCUUUCUUUUUUCCGUCAGUGUUUCACAAGAUGGUGGCUUGCGUUAUACACCAAGAAGGGCUCUGAAAAACUUCAAGAGGUAAAUGUCUCAAAUGUGUAAGGAAAGCAGAAGAAAAAGAUUGGAGUGGGAAAGUUUUUUUGUCGUCUCGCUUUUUCUUUGAGAGCUUUGCUGGAUGUAAAAUUACAUAUCUGAAAGUUGUGGUUGAAGGGUGAGAGAUUAUGUGGAAAACAUGGCUCACUGUCCAGAGAGAGAUCGUUCGACCGGUGCUUUGUCGCUGAUACCAAAGCUCAUUUGCAAUGGCAGUUUUUCUCGGUCUCAAUGUACGAGAGAGAGUUGCUGAUAUGUCUUUUUGACCUUACAACUUUCAGAAAAUGCUUAUCAGAAAAACCCGAGAAGCUGGUCGACACUGGAAACAAUGGACGAUUAGUGAGUAAACGGUGUUUAUUGGUCAUCCUGAAGCAAUUUUUUGUUAAGUGUCGCACGUUUUCUAUGAUUUCGUCGUUCUUAUUUCACUACUGUGAUUGGCCAAGAAAACGCGCGCCUUCUCUCUCAACCAAUCGAGUGUCGCAAGUAAUCCAAGUUUGCUUUUGUUUUGCUUUACUUCGCUCUGUGAUUGGUCCAUAAAACUGGCGCCGCCAUUUCAUCCAAUCAAAUGGAAAACUAAAAUUAAUCCCAACAUGGUCACUUGCGUUUUCCCGCUCUUUAAGCAGGUUGCCUGUUUUUACUUUGAGUUUAUCACUGGGUAAUCAUGAUGUUAGUAGUCGUUGGGACUAUACUGGUUUUUAUUUUUCGACACUCAAUUAAAACUGUUUUAAAAACGAUAGUGACUUGAUUGCUCACGUAUUUCUGUCCUUCGGGCAGUUUGCUAGUUUUAUCAUGAAUUUUGGCUGGUUUCUGUUUUAAAUUUUUUUUUACUUUGGUUUUCGUUUUGCGACAUUCAGUUGAAAAUUACUUUUUUUAGCCGCUGUGCUGAUUGCGAGUUUUCCGUUUACAGAGGUGAAGAAACAAGCGGAGAUGGCGAACGAUCUUCAGACAAAACACGGCAGACGUUUGGUUCAUUCAUACUUUGUGCAGUGGACUGAAAAAACGCGGCAGAUGCAACAAGCAAAGGAUUUGCACACCCGCACAGUAUUGAAGAGGUUUGUGGCGACUAAAAAUUUCGUUUUUACUGCUACUCAACUCAUGCACCUAGAUUUAAACCUGGUCCAAAAAAAAAAAAAUACAAUUUUCAGUCAGAGGCGAUAGAAUAGCGAACGAACUUCAAAUGUUAGCGAUGCGUAAGGCAUCAUGUUGUACAACACGCUUAAACUAUUGAACAACUCUUUAAUUAAACAAAUUGCGUGUUUGAUUUGCAGAUCACUGGCGGAAUGGCACCAAUUUUCAAGAAAGAAGAUAGAUGAACGGAGGAAAAUUAAUUCUUUUCGAGACCAGACAAUGAAUAAAAAGGUGUGUUACGACGAUUUCCGAAGCGCCUCUUUCUUUCUGAAAAAAAUACAACUUUGCGUUGACACCGCAAGAGCUCUCAAAAAAAUCCUGAAACUGGUUAUGGGUAGUAAACAAUUUCCUAGCCAAUAAUAGUUAUUUCAGUUUCAACCGAGAUGUUGUCUAAUUUUGUCCUUUUGUGGAAGAACAGCAAAUACGAUUGGAAGAAAAACGUUCUUGGGAUAAGUGCGACAGUAACCUUUGUGGGCACUUGAACUGAAGCCUUGUAUUCACCGAGGCGAAGAAAUUUGAAAACGAAACUUCAUUCCUACAAAUAGACCAACCGUUGACACUCAUCCGCAUAAAUUGUUUACAAGCUUGGUUUUGGAAAACGCUCUACUUCAUUUAUUAAUUUGGAAACGUUGACUCCGUCUUUUAUUGUGGAUGGGAAGCUUUUCGUAAACGCUAGAACUUUUUUUUUCGCUUUAAGUGUGAAAACGCUAUUUUUAAAUUCCUCCGGAAAAGGCAUAGCCUUUUGCAACACAAUUAUAUUCUUUUUCUUUAUUAUUUAACUUUUUCCAGGUUUCUCGCAUGUUCUAUGAUUGGCACGAGGCGCUUAAAGUCGCCCGCAAGCACAAGGAGCUGAUAGACGGACAGAUGGUUCAACACAACAGACGAGUGAAACAGGGUUUUAUGCGAGAAUGGAAAAAAUUUACACUGAAGAGCCGCGCAGAGAAACAUUGUAACAAGACUGUCACUUCUAAGGUACGGAUUGUUACAGUCUAUACAGCAACUUUCAGCUGUCAAUGUCGAAUUGCAGUGCAUGGUUUUGCUUUACUUCGCCCUGUGAUUGGUCCAGAAAACUCGUGACACCCUCUCAACCAAUCAGAUGCAAAAGUAAAAACAAUCACGACUUGGUCACCCGCGUUUUCCCGCGCUUUAGGCAGUUUGCUUGUUUUCACUCUGAGUUCUCAUUGGCUCCUUGUAACAUUUUCCUUCGCUCUGAUUGGCUGUUGUGAUAACUUUGGUCUUCGACGUUCAGUCGAGAUGCGUUGUUAAUUGUGAUGUCCCGUUAUAUUACCUUACCUGACCAACUGAUAGAUUCGUCUUUGUUUCCAAUUGCACUGACCACAACUGUUUUUCUGUAUUUUAUUUGGUACAGUUUUUUGCCGACUGGAAGGCAAAGACAGAACAGAAGCAGGCAGAAAAAGAAAAAGAUGAGGUACACUGAAACCCUACUUUUUCGGCAGCAUUGUUUUCGACUUCUGAUUGUUCAAUCUACCCGUCGGGUGACAGUGGUGAAAAAAUAAAUAUUUUACUAAUCUUGUUUUCUCAGUCAGUUUUUUAAGUUACGGAUGUUCGUUUUCCCCAUUUAUCAGUCACAACGUACAUUUCGCACCCCGCACUUGGUUAGUUAAGUACGUUUAGAGUGAAAAUAUGAGGCGUUUACAACAUCAGCCUUUCACGUGGUUUUCGAUUAGAGUUACUUUAAACAGCGUCACAUUUGGUUCCAAAUCGGCUACCAAAUCAUGUGAAUUUAUUUCGUUGCAGCAACAAGAGGAAAUCGCUGACGAACAUUACCAGAAAAGGUUGAGGUAAUAACUAUAAUCAAACGAAAAAACAGGUAAGCUCUCCUUAGCGGGAGAGGUCCAAGGUCCAUCUUUCUUGUCCAAAAGGGAGUCUGCGAUAGUUGGAUUUAUUCCAUAAGAUCAGGUGUACAGACUUGAGCCCUGGCCGCGGCUAUUGUUUAGUGUUCUUGGUCAAUAUUCACAAGUUUCUCUAUACCUUAACAUUCGCUGGACUUGUGUAUUCUAUUCAGAAAGGACACGCGUGUCUUUUUACCAAGAUUGCAACCUAACGCUCUGAGUUACCUCCAUCUCUACUGGGUGACGUAAACUGACGUACACUUCCCGGGUAAUAGGUGGAAAAUUUGCGUUUCCCUUCGUUUCGCUUGUUGGAUCAUUUGUCUGUGAACAAAGGCUGAUUCAUUUCUCGCACUGUCAUUUGUUCCUUUCAGCAAAAUGUGUUUCCGCGCCUGGUUUCAUGACACAAAACUUGAGAUACACAGCAGAAAGAAGGAAGAACGCAUUGUAGCGAAGCACUUCAUGAUGUGGAAGAAGAGAAUUGACUUGAACUCGAUCGCCACUGAAAUGGUGAGACUCAGUAACUGUAUUGCACUAAGCGUCGCAGAGUUGAGGGAACGCAUACUUGGAUUGUACUAGUUGUCACUGAAGACCUUUAAUCUUAGGAGACGCAAGAAGGAACAACUUGAGUUCCAAUAUUUUCGUUCGUCUCUGGAGAGUGCAUACUAUUCAUGUCGUUUUUCAGUAUCUGAUCAUUUUUAUUUAUUUAUUUAUUUAUUUAUUUAUUUUUAGGUUGAUCGCCGUGUAUUUGAAAAGUUUUGGACGAAAUGGCGUCACCAGUUAAUAAGGAAAAGAGUGUCGGAAAUGAUGAUGAAGCAUGAAGACAAGAAGCAGCUAUCUGAGGUAAGAGGAGGCGUCAUCUUCAAUCUCUUAGGGCUAAGAGAAAAUUAUUGGUAUUGGUAUUCGUAUUGGUACUGGGGUUUCAAAAGAGGUGGGGAACUUGAUUUGUAAGUGGGCAAGAGAAAGAGAAAAAAUUGUACUUCCAGGGAGCUGAGGAUAACCGGGCGACCGAGAUGUCGAGAAUUUAGAAUACAGGGAAGUUCGAAAUGCCCGUCGAGGGACCCAAGAUACGGGGUGGGGGUAGGGGGGCGCAACAGAUACUAGACUUAUGAAGAGUUUUCCGGGGGUUCCAGAUAUCUUAGGAGCCGAGAUAUCCUGGCUAGAAUAACAGCAAUAGAUUGUCAAGACUCGGUCCAAGUUCGAGAUUCAGGAGCGUAAGAAAAAUAGAAAUUAUUCCUUAACAUAAUAACAUCUCAUUUAAAGUACCUAAGAAUGUCUACCAUGUUCGUAAUGUUUUUGCUUCAAGCAGAAAAGCAGGUCACUUAUGUACUGUUUUUCACCUAAUAGGUUUUCAUGGCUUGGUACCAGCUCACGCUCGUGCGCCGUCGCUUGCUCAAAGGAUGGCAAAUGUACAAGACAAAGAAACUCUUUAGGCUCUGGAUGCAAAAAUACAACGAGUCGUAACCUGCGAGUGAAAAAAACUACCGUUUUGAGAAACGACUUCAAAAAACGCAAACUUUUCUUGGUCGUUAUAAGAUCAUGGGGAUCGGUCAUUAUUUAUUUCCGGAGGGGGAGGGCUGAAGGAUUUUGGUUGUGUCAAAACAAAAUUUACCUGAACCCCCCUUAGGCUCUGUGGUAGUUUAAUGAUCUCAUCCCACAAGCAUUAAACUUGCUAUAGUUUUGACCCUUUACACUGUGCUGGCGCCGAGUGAUCCUCCCUCCGGUCCCCUGAAAACCAUUCGAUCUUCCCCCCCCAUCCUCCAAUCAUCCCCCCCCCAUCCAGCCCUAAGACGAAAAUAAUGACUGGUUCCUAGAUAGCAUCACCUUUUGCGUCUGAAAAUACGACCACAAAAUUUUUUACACGGAUUUUUUCCACCUUAAGGAAACAUCGACGACCAUGUACAUACUUUCGUUGUAAAUUCGUCUGUUGAGUUUUAUGAGCGAGAAAAUAUGAAGAAUUACAGUGGACAAAAGAAUUAUCUCAGUUAAGCUAACAACGUUUCGUUUGUGUAAAAAUGCAUGAAGAUUUAUAGUGUGCAUAUUCAUUUCAAAAUGAAGUAAUUAUUCCCGAAUAACAGCAUCGUUUUAUUUUGAUAUUUAUUUUUUUUCAUCGUUUCCUAUUUGUUGUACAUUUUCUAUUUUAUGAGAUGAUUUUUCAGAUGAUACAAAUAGAUAUUUAAAUGGAAAUUUCGUAUUUAUUUUUUUAACCCUCUUGUUUGUUAGUUAUUGACUUAGCAUUGCGGAAAAUUGAUACCUCUAGUCGUAUUAAUGUUUUUGGGGAAAGGGAAAAAAUUUCUAGGAUAAACAUAAAAAAUGCCAAGGUGUGAAUGAUGAACCCAAAUUUUUUUGAGUUUGUGAGAAAUUACUCUUAAAUUAGAUUGCAUCUUCUCUUGCUUUUUUUUUUUUUUACCUUUUGUUU